UUCAAACUUUUAGAGGAACGUAAUAAAAUACAUAAAAAAAAUUACUCAAUACAUAUCUAGGGAAAAAAUCACUGACGAAAUUUUAAAUAAAAUCAUUCCAGGUUGAAUUCUUGCAAAUUAAAUCUGGAGGUCUUCGAAUAAGGAAUUCUUUAAAGGAUGUCUUAACAUUCGUUCGAAUUCCCGCCGUCGGAAUUCCUGGUUGAACCCCAAAUAAAAUACUGAUGAAGUUCAUGAAGAAAGAAUUUCCAGGGAGCCUCUGAAGGAAAUCCCUUCAGAAUAUCUGGAGCACUAAUAAACCCCUGAAAGGAUAUCUGAUAUAAUUCUUGAAGGAAUUGCCGAAGUAUUGCAUGAAAAGUUUUUUCACAUGGUAUCCUAGAUGAAAUUUUGAGAAAUUCACGGACACGACAAUUGACCAUUUUUGCAUUCUUACCACGGUGUCUAUUUACCUAUCAAGGAUUAUUAUUUAUUUAUUUUGGAUGAAAAGUACCAACAAAGGGAAAUAUGUUUCUAUUAUCAUAAAAACAUGUUCUAGAACCUUCAAUAGAACAUUUUCCUCUUAGAAUCAAAUCACAGGGAAGGCCCUUUGCUUUCAUUUGGUGGGUGACUUAGUGACACUGAUUUCUUGGGUAAUGUGUUUUACUACAGGCACCGUGUUUCAUCAUGCACAGCCAGCCAUGAAGAUAUUCUAUUUCCUAGCCUAGGGAAAACAAUACGAAAGAUCCUGACACGUUCCGAAACGUGAACUCAUAAAUGCAAAUGGUAGGUAGUCUUGUAGAAUAACUGGAAAUUUACCCGGAGCUGCCACUAGACAACCAAAGCUUUUACCAGUGUUUUCCGACUAUUUGUCGAUGCUCAGUAGCAAGCUGUAUCAUCACUGAACAAGGAGCUUUCAGAACGACAACCGUGCGGUAAUUCUGUACUAAAUUCAACCGAUUCGGAACCACCACAGAAGUGCAAAAUUUCAAAUCAUGACGCCAAAUCCAGCCGUGAUUGUAUGUGUGUCCAUUCAUCUGUGCGUUCGAAUCCCGGCCUUAUCCAACAAGAGAGCAUUAGGGGCAAAUCCAGAAGGGUCACAUCGCAUCGGGUGGUUUUCGACUCAAUUGAAGUCGCGAACACCACUUCAACCUUAGCUAAGCGGCUGCUAUUCACGAUGUACGAAUGCUCGCACCGCUGCUGCUGCUGCUGCUGACUCGGUUGGCGGUCUCGAUUGAUAGUGUUGUGUACACUUUCUGAUCCGCACUCGAGAGUUUCGUUCCUGCUCGCUCUCUUCGGAGGCCUACCGUACUGGCCAUUUGCUGAUUAGAAUAAUUCCAAUGAUAACAGUUUCUUUCUGAUCUACGACUGAUUCAGAUCAUCCUCCCGCCACUACUGGUAGGGCUAAUUUGAAGACCUAAGGAGUACAGGAACCGCGAUCGGCCUGAUAGUAGUUCUGCAAACGACGCGGGCGUCGGAUCGUCGACGCUUCCAAUUUGGUGUCCAAUUCGGUGUUAGAACGACGGAAGCUAUCGAUCGCAGAAUCGUGUGUAUGAUAAGAGCUCCGCAGUGAUUCAGUGUGAGAAGCUUCCGAGGUGGUGUGUACAAACCCCCAACAGUUAGUGAAAUCAAAGAAUGAAUAAUUUGCACGAGCUAUAGUGGAUCUGGUUGCAAAAGAAAAAUUGUCACUUCGUUCUGAUAUUUGAAACGAAGCUGUUGCUACACGGCAGUUUAUAUCGCAGAACACCGACAAGGGAGUUAGUGUGAUAAAUCUCGCCGCAUUAUCUGCGCGCCUUGCGUCGAAUUACAGUGAUAACAGUGAAUAGUGUAAUCUAGUGCGUGAAUAAGGAAAUGAAUCGAAUCAAGCAACUGAACCGAGAACGGUACCAGGCGUGACAAACAAGAACGAAAUCUACAGGAUUCACCCCCCACAACGCAACGUGUUGACGUAGUUUUAUUCCCAUACAAAGUCUCAAAUUGUCCAGUGUGAUUGUACCCAUGCAACUGCACAGAAUUAGUUUUAUAUGAAGAAACCCUCCAAACGGCACAAGUUCAAACAUUAUGCGAGGCAGCAUAGUUGGAAUAGAGGAUGGCCUCAGCAAUCCCAAGCCCGGAAACUGGCACGGGUUACUACUAGAGCUGCUGGACAACCUGUACGCGUCGUUCGUCAUAGGACCCCUCGUGGUUGGCUACUGGCGGGGUACAUGGAAUCUAGCCGGCGAAUACAUUUACCCACAAGAUCUUCCAACUAGUUUAAUAGUGUCGUUAUCGGUCGGCGUAAUAGGACACCUCAUAUUCAACAUAUUCCAAGCAACGCUCCGGCGGCAUCUCAACGCCGACAAGCAUCGGUUACUGUUCUUCUUCGGAUCGAGACUAUAUACGGAAAUCUACGGUACGAUAUGCGUCAACACUUGGCGAGGCGGGUGGGAGAUGAUCAAUCUCUAUGGCACACACGACGUGCUCUACGUUGUGCUGAUAACGUUGGGAUGCGCACUCCUGCUGGCGAUGCUGAAAGGUCUCCGCAACGUCACCGCGUCACCGUUCGUUGUCGUCAACGAUUCCCGCCGAGAAUACUUCGACAUUCCGACCUAUUUCAAACUGACGGUAAGUAAGUGGGGCACAAAAUUGGAUCAACGCUGUAAUUUAUUAGCGUCAAUUUCUAUUCGCAAUCGUAGUUGGUUUGUUCUGCAGAAUAAAACGUUCGUUAUGCUUAGGACCAACAAAAAUCGUUUUGUAGAGACAAUCGUUCGAUCUUUCGAUUCAUCUAAGAAAGGAAGUGGCAAAGAUAUAAAAAAUCAGAUUUUGGAUUUAGAACUACCAUCAAGACACAAUUCACCGUGAAUUUAAAGUGAAUUCCUAACUUUGAAAAUCGUAC